CCUCACAGAGACAGGAUGUGACGGGAGCUUCCUUGUUUUGUUCUAUCCAUCUUGGUUAUUACAGCAAUCGGCAGAGCAUGCAUCUUAUGAGAAGAGAAUUAGACAGAUAAUUUUGUCACAGGCAAGUUGGCCCCCUGGAUUCACCUGCAAACCUAAGCCCUUUGCACCUGGGAACAAAACACUUUACAACAAGCAUCACUCUGCAGAGGAGUUGAGCUCUCUAGGAUUUACCAAAAAACUUGGACUCAUUGCUGCUACCUGCCUAGGUGGCAUCCCGUGAAGGCGAGAUGGCAGAUUUCUCAGUCUCCCUGGACUUCUCACGGAUAGCACUUCUGUCCAGCAGUCUAUCCCUCGGCCUUCUCCUCCUGCUCCAGCCUGGGAAGCUGAAUUCAGAGGAGGUGAAGGUAUUAGGUCCAGAACCUUCCGUUGUGGCCCAUGUUGGGGAAGAUGUGGAGUUCCAGUGCCACCUGUCACCAUACCUGGAUGCAGAGGACAUGGAGAUCCGCUGGUUCCGCAGCCAGGUCUCAGAAGUAGUACACCUGUACCAGCACCGACAAGAGCUGAAUCACCUGCAGAUGACACAGUUCCAGAACAGGACCAAACUCCUGAAAGAUGACAUCACUGUUGGAAGCGUGUAUCUGCAGCUCCACAACCUCAUGCCCUCUGACAAUGGUCCUUACGGAUGUCACUUCCUCACCAGCAACUUCUCCAGUGAAGCUGUGUGGGAACUGGAAGUAGCAGGGAUAGGCUCUGAUGUUCACAUCUCCUUGGAAGGAUUCAAGAAUGGAGAUAUUCAGCUGAGCUGCAGCUCCCAUGGCUGGUACCCAAAACCCAAAGUUCAGUGGAGAGACCAUCAAGGGAAGUGCUUGCCUCCAAAGGCUGAAGCCAUUGUCCAGAAUGCCCAGGGCCUAUUCAGUCUGGACACAUCUGUGAUCGUUCCAAGGGGUGCUCACAGGAAUGUGUCGUGUUCCAUUCAGAACCCUUUGCUGAAUGAGAAAAAAGAAUGUGUAGUUCAGAUCGCAGAUGAGUUUCUACCCAGAACUUCUCCCUGGAAGGGAGCUUUUCUUGGAAUGCUGGUAGGACUGCCUCUGCUCCUGGCUGGGCUCACAACACUGGGAGUGUACUUCUUCCAGAAGCAACGGAAAUUUCAAGAAAAGUUCAAGAAGCAGAAAGAGAAUGAACAAGGGAAACUGACGACAGAGCUGGAGAAGCUUCAGAUGGAACUUGAUUGGAGAAGGUCCGAAGGCCAGGCUGAGUGGCGAGCAGCUCAACAAUAUGCAGUGGAGGUGACACUGGAUCCAGCCACAGCACACCCCAGCCUGGAGGUUUCAGACGAUGGCAAGAGUGUAUGCUCCCUUGGCACCACUCCAGGCUGGAAGCCAUGCGACCCGCAACGCUUCUCAGACCAGACAUGCGUGCUGAGCCACCAGCGCUUCUCUACAGGCCGUCACUACUGGGAGGUGCACGUGGGCUGCCGCAGCCGCUGGUUUCUGGGAGUCUGUCUGGCCACAGUGCCGCGGACAGGACCUGUGCGCCUGAGCCCGGCUGAAGGUUACUGGGUUAUGGGACUGUGGAACGGCUGCGAGUACUUCGUCCUGGACCCGCAUCGCGUCUCGCUCACCCUACGUGUACCACCAAGACGUGUGGGCAUCUUGCUGGACUGCGACGCAGGGAAGCUGUCCUUCUUCAAUGUGUCCGAUCGCUCCCACAUCUUCACCUUUACCGACAAGUUCUCUGGGCAGCUCUGCGCCUAUCUCAGGCCCAGAGCUCCCGACGGCAGUGAACACCCAGAUCCUCUAACCAUCUGCCCGUUGCCGGGUAAAGGCAGACGCAUCCCCGAGGAGGACAGUAAUGACUGCUGGUUGCAGCCUUAUGAGCCUUCGGACCCCUCCCUGGGGGUGUGGUGAGCUCGCAAGUGGGGUUCUUGGCAGCUUCUUUGAGACCCCCGGCUGCUUUGCGCUUGUGCUUGCUAUAGAGUCGAAUGCUUCAAAUGAAAUUAUCUGGGGUGUGUGUGUG